AUGGGCAAAGUGUGGAAACAGCAGAUGUACCCUCAGUACGCCACCUACUACUACCCCCAGUAUCUUCAAGCGAAGCAGUCUCUGGUCCCAGCCCAUCCUAUGGCCCCUCCCAGCCCCAGCACCACCAGCAGUAAUAACAACAGUAGUAGCAGCAGCAACUCAGGAUGGGAUCAGCUGAGCAAAACGAACCUCUAUAUCCGGGGACUGCCUCCCAACACCACGGACCAGGACCUGGUGAAGCUGUGUCAGCCUUAUGGGAAGAUCGUUUCCACAAAGGCAAUUUUGGAUAAGACAACAAACAAAUGCAAAGGUUAUGGUUUUGUUGACUUUGACAGUCCUGCAGCAGCUCAGAAGGCUGUGUCCGCCCUGAAGGCAAGUGGGGUUCAAGCUCAGAUGGCAAAGCAACAGGAACAAGAUCCUACCAACUUGUAUAUUUCUAAUUUGCCACUGUCCAUGGAUGAGCAAGAACUUGAAAAUAUGCUGAAACCAUUUGGACAAGUGAUUUCUACAAGGAUACUACGCGAUUCCAGUGGGACAAGUCGUGGUGUUGGCUUUGCUAGGAUGGAAUCAACAGAAAAGUGUGAAGCUGUUAUUGGUCAUUUUAAUGGAAAAUUCAUUAAGACACCACCCGGAGUUUCUGCUCCUACAGAACCAUUAUUGUGUAAAUUUGCGGAUGGUGGACAGAAGAAGAGACAGAACCCAAACAAAUACAUCCCAAAUGGACGACCCUGGCACAGAGAAGGAGAGGUGAGACUUGCUGGAAUGACACUUACUUAUGACCCAACCACAGCUGCUAUACAGAAUGGAUUUUAUCCUUCACCAUACAGUAUUGCUACAAACCGAAUGAUUACUCAAACUUCUAUUACACCCUAUAUUGCAUCUCCUGUAUCUGCCUACCAGGUGCAAAGUCCUUCCUGGAUGCAACCUCAACCAUAUAUCCUACAGCACCCCGGUGCCGUGUUAACUCCCUCCAUGGAGCACACCAUGUCACUACAGCCCGCGUCUAUGAUCAGCCCUCUGGCCCAGCAAAUGAGUCAUCUGUCACUUGGCAGCACCGGAACAUACAUGCCUGCCACAUCAGCUAUGCAAGGGGCCUACUUGCCACAGUACACCCAUGUGCAGACGGCGGCAGUUCCUGUGGAGGAGGCGAGUGGUCAGCAGCAGGUGACUGUGGAGACGUCUAAUGACCAUUCUCCAUAUACCUUUCAACCCAAUAAGUAA